UAUAGGUGCCAUGACUGUCUCGGCAAGCCAUUAUUUUGUUUGAAGUGCUGCAGAGAUGAGCACUGGAGACUGCCCUUCCAUAAGAUAGGGAAUUGGAAUGGAGGAUUUUUUGAGGAAACGUCUCUGACUAAGAUGGGCAUGGAAAUUUAUUUGGGGCAUCAGGGAAAGCCUUGUCCA